AUGGACGGUGUAACAGACCUGACAGAUCCUUCGCGACACAAGAAGCGACGAAGACCUGCACUUGCCUGUGAACAAUGUCGCCGUCGCAAAGUGCGUUGCGACCGUCGCUUACCGUGCAGCACGUGUGUCCGCACCAACCACGCCGACUGCACUUAUGUCCCGCUCCAGAAGAUCGCUACCCCUGACAGAGGUUUUCCAAAGCAAGACGAUCCGGUAUCUGUCGCCAAGGAGUUUGGUUUAGUUGCAUUGCACGAAGCGACCUCGGGGGUAUCGGAGCUGCCGGCCAUCCCAACUCCUGGGCACUCAGCGAGAUCUGAUCCAUGGGUAAACGAUGACCCUGUCCCGCAAACAGCCGGGCACUUCUCCAUUGCAGACUCCAGCCCUGAUGAUCAUUCUGGUCCAGCAGACUUUGGCCUGUGGCAGCCUGUUCGCCCUGUUUCUUCUUUAGCGGCCAGGGAAUCUAGGCCCAAGGAUGCUCUGCUUGAUCGAAUCAGGCAGCUUGAACAACAGGUAGCAGACCUCAAAGGGCAAUACAAGCAUACAGGCGGGAACCUUCUCGAAGAUGGCCUAGUUCCUUCAGUGGGAUUGAAAUAUAGCCGCGGCUCUGUGAGCAAGACCCGAUUCUUCGGCCAGAGUCACUGGAUGAACUCGGCAGAUAUGCUGUAUCGGUUGGGAAAUAUUGCGAGAAAGCUUGAGACCGAUGAGACGUCUCAGAUUUGCCAUGACCUCAGAACAUGCAAGAACCUGGGCCGCCUGAUCAAGUCUCGUCGCACCCCCAAGUUCAAUUCUAUCACCAUAGGUGAAAACGUCCCUACCAGAGAGUUGGCAGACACUCUCAUUGAUUGCUAUCUCAGAACCUUUGAGUCUAUUCAUCGUAUCCUCCACAUACCAAGCUUCAAGGCAGAUUACGAGCAGUACUGGAAAACCCCAACUGAGCUCCCUGAUCACUUCCUCAUUCUGAUGCAAUUGUGCAUGGCAAUCGGCGCCACCUUCCAUGAUGAAUUAUUUACACUUCGUACACAGGCCAUCCAUUGGUUUUGGGAAGGCAUGGUCUGGCUUCUCACACCUUGCGAAAAAUCGAGAAUGACAAUCGUCGGUUUGCAGAUCCGCUGUCUUUUACAUUAUGUACGACAAACGGCUAAUAUCGGUUCUGACCUGACAUGGAUCGGGGCGAGUUCCUUGGUCUCAACUGCAAUGUAUAUGGGACUACAUAGAGAUCCCAAAAACCUUGUGAAAAUGACACCAUAUCGUGCCGAGAUGCGACGGCGACUUUGGGUCACGAUCCUGGAAAUAUGCCUUCAGUCAAGCCUUGACGCAGGAGGUCCACCGAGUAUCUCGAUACCAGAUUAUGACACAGAGAUGCCAGCCAACGUCGAUGACGAGUGUCUGGUCGACAGCACGGAUAUGCCAUACCCUCGACCAAAGCCCGAUAGCUCGUUUACCCAGAUGACGAUUCCACUUGCCCUCUUCAGAACCUUCCCUACUCGUCUCGCUAUCGCGAAACGGGUGAACGACUUGCGUUCUGAUACCAUCUAUGAGGAAACAUUGAGACAGAGCGGCGAGUUAAGGAAAACUCUGCAGUCUCUGAUGAAAGAACUCAAGGCACAUCCGGAGACAUCGUCUUUCCAGCUGCGUUUUGUCCAGCUGGCCACCCACCGCCUUUUCUUUGCUCUGCACCAUCCGAUAACCCCUCUUGCCAAAUCCAACCCUCUAUACUCCUACUCUCGGAUGAUAUGCAUGGAAAUAGCCCUCCGGAUCUGCCAAUCCGCGUACUUGUUGCCUGAAAAUUCAAAUGGCGCCAUCAACAUACCAGCCCAGCAGUCAGAAAUAGAUUUCCGUCGGCUGACCGUCAAUGGCUCCGGAAGCUUUCGAAGUGUUCCCAUCCAGAGCGCCUUGGUCAUAGGGCUUGAAAUUAUCAACCAGAAGGAGGCCGAAACGAGAAAUAGACCCACGAUGCCGCUGAUGAUCGAGCCUGAGUUUCACAGGAUUUUCGAAUCAUAUGCCGACUGGUCACGUUCGCGGAUACGGUCCGGAGAGACAAAUUGCAAAGGGCACUCGAUUGGGGUCUUGCUACAGGCCCAUUUCGACGCCUUCGACUCCGACUUGACCGAAGAUGAGACCGAGAAGCUGUUCGAAAGGUCAUGCAGUGAACGUGUCACCGAGUGCCUGGGCUUGCUUCGAGAGCUGGCCGGAAUCACCGUUCACGAAGAGAGUUUCGAUGAGUUGGAGUUCCAUGAUACUGACAUGGACUUUGAUUUCGGUGCAGGCCUGUUCGGUGCUUGGGAGUGGGAUCCGAUGGAUGGUGUGUUCUAA